CGCCACCCUUGAGGCCUGCUGACCGGCACCCAGUCGCCGUCUCCGCCCCUGAAUCCUGCAGCCCUCGGGUCUCCUCUCGGCCCCAGGUCCCACUCCCCCAGCCUCCGGUGUCCGCCCUGGCAGCCCUACGGUUCCUCACCUGCGUCCUCCCUGGAACAGGCAGACACUGCGCCCCCCGGAAGUCGGCGGCGAGCAGCAGCGACCGCGGAGCGACGGCGGGCGGCCCCGGGCAUGUAUGCCCCGGGAGGCGGAGGCGCAGGGCUGCCCGGCGGGCGCCGGCGGAGGAGCCCGGGAGGCAGUGCUCUGCCCAAGCAGCCGGAGCGUAGCCUGGCCUCGGCCCUGCCGGGCGCCUUGUCCAUCACGGCGCUGUGCACUGCCCUCGCCGAGCCUGCCUGGUUGCACAUCCACGGUGGCACCUGUUCCCGCCAGGAGCUGGGGGUCUCCGACGUACUGGGCUAUGUGCAUCCGAACCUGCUUAAAGACUUCUGCAUGAAUCCCCAGACGGUGCUGCUUCUGCGGGUCAUUGCCACCUUCUGCUUCCUGGGCAUCCUGUGUAGCCUCUCCGCAUUCCUCCCAGAUGUCUUUGGGCCCAAACAUCCAGCCCUGAAGAUCACCCGUCGCUAUGCCUUUGCCCACAUCCUCACAGUCCUGCAGUGUGCGACCGUCAUCGGCUUUUCCUACUGGGCUUCCGAACUCAUCCCGGCCCAGCAGCAGCAACAUAAGAAGUACCAUGGUUCCCAGGUGUAUGUCACCUUUGCUGUUAGUUUCUACCUGGUGGCAGGAGCUGGUGGAGCCUCAAUCCUGGCCACAGCAGCCAACCUCCUACGCCACUACCCGACAGAGGAGGAGGAGCAGGCGCUGGAGCUGCUGUCUGAGAUGGAGGAGACCGAGCCCUACGCCUCGGAAUAUGAGGUCAUCAAUCAAUUCCAGCCGCCCCCGGCCUACACACCCUAAUGCCAGCCUAGGCCUUCUUCCUCCCUGCUCCCACUUGGCGGCUCCUCCCACCCAAGGAGCGCCUUCCCCCAGCAGGCCUCACUGGUAGGAUCCUGAGCAUCUUCACCAAACCUUUCCCAGGAGAGAGACUGCCUUUUGGAUUGUUCAUGCAUCCUUGCUCUUGAAACCUGGGGUUCAUGGAUUUUAUAUCAUGCACUGUUUCCCCUCUUGCCACCUUCCUGUCCCUGAGGUCACUAGUCAUUAUCAACCAGGGAUGGUCAUACAAGUUUUCUCCCUUCAUGGGCCAUAUCUUUCAGACCAGAACUUUCUUUCCUUGGGGAGCUACUGACAGUGGACUGUCUCAGAGAGAGGUGUGUCAACAGGGCCCAAGGAAAAGGGGACUGUGCCAUGCAGGCUUCCUUCAUAAUGGUCAGCGGGUUCCACAGCUGCAGCUGUGGGGUGACCCCGCCCCAUUCCUUCUCAGAGUGCCCAGUGGCAGGCCGCCCGCUCUGGAAAUCUCUGCACUUUAGUCUUUGGACUUCCCAUCCUCCAUGUUCUGGUUUGACAGUGAGACGGAAUUGCUGUUGAGAAGCAGAACAAGUCAUCCCCACCCUGCCCUGGCUUAGGUGGCUGGAGCCCAGGCAAGGAGAGCAGCGGGUAUGGGCCUGAGGCCUCCUGGUGCCCAGAAAGGAUCAGAGUGAAGGGGCUGAACCUCUCCAGCCCCUUCACCUUUUAAAAUUGAGUGGUUUUAAAAGGAAAAAACAAAA